GAAGUAUAAUGUAGUGUACGGGACUAUAAGAGAGGACAUGUUGGAUUUUGAGGGUCAUCUAACCAUUUGACAAACCCCCAGUGAUGGACCCCCUGGACAGAGCUCAAGUACUCCUCCUCUGUGACCUGUGUCAAAAAGCUGCAUUACAGAGUCAUUGUGAACUUUGUCAGAUUAACCUGUGUAAGGCAUGUGUAGGGGAGCAUCUCUCUGAUUCAUCCAUAAGACACAAUAUUGUACCAUACAAACACAGAAGAUCUACUCCUAACGUUCACCACCCAAAAUGUUCAAACCACACACAGAAACAUUGUGAACUUUACUGUGAGAAAUGUGACAUUUCUGUCUGUUCUACCUGUCUCUCCUCAAAAAAACACCAUGGACAUGAAUUAGCAGAUAUCUUACAGAUACCCAGAUUCAUGAAGGAAAUUUUAAACAAGGAUUUCAAAGAACUGGAAAAAAGAAUCUAUCCUACUUAUGAAGAAAUAGCAUCAGAUUUAAACUCUGAAAAAGUCAACUUGGAAAAACUAUAUGAGAAACUGACAUCAGCUGUCACCAAACAAGGAGAAGACUGGCACAGAGAAAUUAACAUUGUUGUCAACAAACAGAAAUUUAAAAUCGAUGAUAUAAAAACUAAACACUUGGCUGCUCUAAAUAAACAGGAAAAAGAAAUUAUACAGAUUAUAUCUGAUGUAAAACAGUGGAUAGUUUAUAUAAAGAAAUUAUUGGACUCCAAUGAUGUCUCCCUAACCUCUGCAUACAAUUCAAGGAAUGCUGAAUUCAGAAGUUUACCUCCUAAAGUCAACGUUUCUUUACCAAGUUUUUCUCCUCAUCAGAUCAACACAGAACAGCUCCAUCAAAUGUUUGGUUUUCUGUCAGCAUUGUCCAUUACAACAGAAGAACAUGGCUACACAUUGAAGACACCUGAAGAUGUAUCCUGUCCUCCAGUCAAACCACUGCUUGAUGAACCAGAGCUCAUUACCACCAUAGACACUGGGUAUAAAGACUCAUUAAGGAGUGCUACCUGUCUUAGUGAUGAAGAAAUCUGGACAAGUGGUUAUGAUAAAAUCAUGAAACUCUACAACCUCCAGGGCAAACUACUGAAAUCAAUCCAAACCAAGUCUUGGAACAUACCAUGUGACAUAGCAGUGACAAAGAGUGGAAAUUUAGUUUAUACAGACAUUGGUACAAGAACUGUAAACAUAGUGAAAAAUGAACAGAUACAGGAAGUGUUCAGACUACAGCGGUGGAAACCUUUCAAUGUCUGUAGUACUUCCUCUGGUGACCUCCUGGUUACCAUGGACAGUAAUGAUUAUAGACAUUCAAAAGUUGUCCGUUACUCUGGCUCCACAGAGAAACAAACCAUUCAGUUUGAUAGUGAAGGUAAACCUCUGUAUUCAUCUGGUAACUUUAAAUACAUCAGUGAAAACAGGAACCUGGAUAUCUGUGUAGCUGACUAUGGAGCCCGUGCAGUAGUGGUGGUUAAUCAGGCAGGAAAACUCCAAUUUGAAUACACUGGUCAUCCCUCUACUACCAAGCGAUCAUUUGAUCCACGUGGCAUCACAACAGACAGCCAGAGUCAGAUCCUGACAGCAGACUUUAACAACCACUGUAUCCACAUCCUAGAUCAGGAUGGACAGUUCCUCCGUUACAUUGAUAACUGUAACCUACAGCGUCCAUGGGGGUUAUGUGUAGACACCAGAGACAACCUCUUUGUGGCUGAGUUUUACAGUGGUAAAGUGAAGAAAAUCAAAUACAUGUAAACAAUGUGUUUUAAAUUAUGACUUAU